GUCCGUGCCUGAGCCCGAAGUGGAUUAACUCCGGUCGCCUUCCUCCUCGACUUCACCACUUCACCCACUUUGAUAUCAUAAAUGGGCCUCUUCUCUGCUCUGUUCUUUAUAUCACCUCCAUCACCCUCUUCUUCUUUCCUCUCCUUUUCUCCACUCCCGCCAUGGCGUAUCCUCCUUCCACCGACGACGAGCCAAUCGCCCUCUCCGUCCCCGCCUCCGCAGACCUGAACCUCAUGGAAAAAGACUCGGCCUCCUUCUCUGAAAAGCUCUCAGACAAAAAGUACUCCAUCCAGCCCGACUCCAACUCCGACACAGACCCCGACCUCGUCUCCUGGGAUGGCCCCGACGACCCCACAAACCCCAUGAACUUCUCCCAGCUCCGCAAGAUAUCCGUCAUCUUCACCGUCUCUGCCCUCACCUUCGUCGUCCCCCUUGCAUCCUCAAUGUUCGCGCCCGGCGUGCCCGACCUCAUGGUCGAGUUCAAUUUCACGUCCACCAUCCUCUCUUCCUUCGUCGUCUCCAUCUACAUCCUCGGCUUCGCCGUCGGACCCCUAGUCAUCGCUCCGCUUUCCGAAAUGUACGGCCGCUCCAUCAUCUACAAAAUCUCCACCGUCAUCUUCACCGGCCUCACCAUCGGCUGCGGCGAGUGCCACUCCCUCGCCGCCAUGUUCAUCUUGCGCUUUCUUUGCGGCACCGUCGGCAGCGCGUCUCUCGCCCUUGGCUCUGGCUCCGUCGCAGACAUCAUUGAGGUCGAGCACCGCGGCAAGUACAUGUCCUUCUACAUCAUGGGUCCCGUCAUCGGUCCCGCCGUCGGCCCCGUCAUCGGCGGCUUCUUAGCCGCCGUCUCCUGGCGCUGGGUGUUUCGUCUUAUUGCUAUCUUGUCUGGUAUCAUGUCUGUCCUCUGCUUCGCUACCUUGCCCGAGACAUACGGCCCCUUCAUUCUCAACCGCAAAGCGCGCCGGCUGCGCAAAGAGACCGGAAACGACGCGCUCCACACAAUCUACGAAGACCGGAUUGCGUCGCCGAGCACAAUGUUUGCCCGCAACAUCAUCCGUCCUCUCAAACUUCUCGUGCUUAGUCCGAUCGUGCUCAUCCUCUCCCUCUUCGUCGCCGUCACCUACGGCAUGCUAUACCUGCUCUUCACCACCUUCACGUCGGUCUUUGAAAACGGCUACGGCUUCUCGACCGAAAUCGUCGGCCUGUCGUAUCUCGGUAUGGGUCUCGGAAGCAUGUCGUCAAUCAUAAUCAUGAUCCUCUACUCCGACAAGAUCCUCGUCAUGCUCGCCGAGCGAACGCCGUCAAAGGAGCGGAAACCCGAGCACCGUCUUCCCCUCAUGAUCCUCCUCUCGCCCUUUUUAGUCAUCGGCCUCAUCAUCUACGGCUGGUCCGCGAAGUUCCAGGUCCACUGGAUCGUCCCCAUAAUCGGCACAUACUUUGUCGGUCUCGGCCUGCUGGCGACGUUCUCGCCUACCAUGAACUACCUCGUCGACGCUUAUGGUAUCUACGCCGCCUCGGCCUCUUCUGCAUCGACUAUGGUGCGAAGUCUCGGCGGCGCGUUCCUGCCGCUUGCCGGCAAUAGCAUGUACGCCGCGCUUGGACUGGGAUGGGGCAACACCCUGCUGGCAUUCAUCGUGCUCAUCAUGCUUCCGGUCCCUGUCGUGCUGUACUACAGAGGAGAGGAGCUGCGGAAGAAGUUCAAUCCUAAACUUGAUUAGACAACUAUCGCAACAUCUUUUUCUUUUGUUCUGCUUUGCUUGUCUCUGCUGCUCUUUUCCUGUUCAUUAAUUUUUUUUUCGCUUUCAUUCUGCUGGUACACUCACGUUUCAUGUCGGCUUUGCCGAAUUUCCCUUUUUUUCUUUUCACGCGCUACAGGUUUUUCAUUGUCACGAUUUCCCGGCUCAUGUUACAGCGGUGU